UUUUCAGAGAAAUUCUUUAAAAAAUUUAAAAUGAGUCAAGAUUUCAGUACCGACAAUAAUAAUAUACAACAACAAAAAUCUGAAGAUGAUUCAACUGUUCAAUCAUCUAGUAGUAAUAAUAUAGAAACGAAUAACGAGAAUUCGCCGGGGGACAAUAACAAUAAUAAUGAAAGUACAUCAAAUCAUGUAGAGCAAAAAGAGAAUAGGCAAAAAGAAGAUCAAAAUUCAAGAUUUGAAUGUAACAUUUGUUUGGAAAUGGCUAAAGAUGCGGUUGUCUCAAUGUGUGGACAUUUAUUUUGCUGGCCUUGUUUACACCAGUGGUUGGAUACUCGACCAAAUCGACAGCUUUGUCCAGUUUGUAAAUCUGCAAUUAGUAAAGAAAGGGUAAUUCCACUUUAUGGACGAGGAGGUGGUGACACCGAUCCACGCACAAAAGUUCCACCCCGUCCACAAGGGCAACGAACAGAAGAAACCCCUCAGGUUUUUUUUAAUUUUUUUUAA